AUGGAAACAAUGGCGGUUAGCACUACCAGUAGGAGUAGCAGCAGCAGCAGCAGCAAAUGGCUGGUGAGCUUGAAAGAGCUGAAGAAAGUGAGCUUGGUAGCAGCUCCAAUGGUGGCCGUCACAGUUCUGCAAUACCUUCUUCAGGUUGUUUCGAUCAUGAUGGUCGGCCACCUUGGCCAGCUCUCCCUCUCCGCCGCAUCCAUUGCUUCUUCCUUCACCAGUGUCACCGGCUUCAGCUUGCUUGUGAUUUGGAAUGGCGGGAGGGUUGGAGACACUAUGCGGCCAAGCCUACGGAGCAGCCAGUAUCACAAGCUAGCAACCUACACUUACACCGCCAUCGUGUCCAUGACCUUGAUAUGCUUCCCCAUCUCCAUCCUCUGGCUUUUCUUGACAGACAAGCUACUCAUCCUCACAGGGCAGGACCAUUCGGUCUCGAAGCUAGCUCGCAGCUACUCGCUCUGCCUCAUCCCGAACCUCUUCUCCUACGCGAUCCUCCAGGCACUGAUCCGAUACUUCCAGGCACAAUCGCUGAUCGCUCCACUGCUCUUCAGCUCACUUGCAACACUCUGCAUCCACAUCCCUCUUUGCUGGGCUCUGGUGUUCAGAUCAGGAUUGGGAACCAUUGGAGCUGCACUGGCUGUCAGCUUGUCGUACUGGGUCUAUGUGGUCUUGCUAGGUGGUUACAUGGCUCGUUCUGCAGAAUGCGCGAGAACUCGGUGCAAGUUCGUGUUCAAGGAUGUGUUGUUAGGCACUGGGGAGUUCCUGAGGUUUGCUGCUCCUUCCGCGGUAAUGACAUGCUUUACAAUAACCUAUCUCCACUAUUUCAUUCCAUAUGGGUUCGGAGCUACUGUAAGUACUAGAGUGUCAAAUGAACUGGGAGCAGGGAACCCGAGGGCAGCGAAAAUGGCAGUCGGGGCGAUACUCGUUCUUGCGAUUAUCGAGCUGGUCGUCGUGAUCGUGCCUCUAGUCCUCUGGCGACGCUUUUUGGGGUAUGCUUUCAGCAGUGACAAAGAGAUAGUAAAGAAAGUUGCAGACAUGGUUCCUUUCAUUUGUGCCUCGGUGGUCAUGGACACCUUACAAACUGUACUUUCAGGGGUUGUGAGGGGAAUUGGAUGGCAGAACUUAGGGGCUUAUGUGAACCUUGGAGCUUACUAUCUGGUUGGAACACCGGUAGCUGUAGUGUUGGCUUUUGUUGUGCACAUAGGUGGGAAGGGAUUGUUGAUAGGACUGGCAAGUGGAUCAUUUGUGCAGGCAACAAUGUUUGCUUUCAGAAUAGCUCUCACAGAUUGGCAACAACAGGUUUUUUUCAAGUUCAAGCAUUUAACAUAGCAUCCAAAGCAAGAGAGAGAAUCUUCCAUGGGGGAGACGAUGCUUGAUCUUGAAGAUAUGUACCAAGAAAUGGGGCUCAACUUGCAGAAAUGA